AGGGGGCGCUGCAAGCGCGCGAUGAUGUAGGACGUGCUGCGCUUCGGCUCCGCUGAUUUUCGGCUGGACCCACGGGCAAUUUCACGGUACCCCGUCAAGACCAGCAUCAAUCGUUUCGGCGAUUCACAGGCAACACGUGGAUACCAGUGUCAUCCAGGUGGGCCGGUUUUUAACAACUUUACGACCGAUCAUCACCCGACCACGUAGGCGACGCCGUUAAGCCAAACGGCGACGCCGACGUCGGGCGGCGUGGGGCCGGCUUUCCGAGGCAACAUGGACGCUACGCUCACCCAGCGUGGAUACGACCCUCAUGCCAUGACGUGGGAGACGAUUACGACUUCCGAAACGCCAAAUUCUGCUUCUUCACCGAGGUUUCGGAGCCAAGCUAUCAACGACGCGGUUGAACGCCGCUCGCAAGCCAACGCCAAGAAGGCGGCGUCCGCCGCUGCCCCGGCAUCCGACACGCCAGCUGACAAGACGCAGCCUCUCGCUUCGCACGCUGUGGGACGCAAGGGCAAGGUUCUCACUAAAUGGAAGCCUCGCCCGUUUCCAAAAUCGAAUCCGGACGACUAUGUAAUUGUCGUAAAGCCACGAGAGUGCAUCUCAUUGCAUGAUGCUUUCUCAGAGAACUGGUACGGGACCGCGUUUAAGGCAUACCUCGGGCCUGAGCGAGCUGAGACGUUGACAGUUAUUCCAUCGAGAGAGCAAAAUCUUAUCGUUAUUCACACCCCGGACCCUGACACGGCGGACAAAAUCAUCGGGGACUUCGCGGUAAACAUCGAGCAUAGACAGGUUCUGCUCAACGGGUACCUGCGACAAGAUGGUAGCAAUGUCUGCCAUGGAGUCAUCGUAGUCCGCAACACAGACACGACGGAGACGCUCCGAGAGAGCGUACGCUGGAGGUCUGGCACCAUCGUCGAGGUGCGUAAAUUUGGAACGUCAAACAAGGCGCGUGUGACCUUCGCUGGCAAGGAGAAGCCACGCUUUGUUCACUACGACACAAUGCUGAUCCCCGUCAAACCCUACUACCGGACCAUCCCGGCCUGCGGAAAGUGCGGUGUCGUCGGCCAUCGGAUGGACACUUGUCCCAACCCAAGACCGGAUACAUGUGGCCUGUGUGGACAGCAGGUUCCGCUUGUGGAGGAGGGGGUGCGGGCCCCUCAUGAAUGUGUACCCGUCUGUUCUGUGUGUGGUGGAGCACACGCCACAAACUCUCGUGCGUGUACGGCCAAGUACCGUAAUUCCAAGGUGGCCGCACAACAGGGCGGAAAGUCCAAAAGGGCGUCCAAGAAACGACGCAAACAUCAGACUCCCAGUGAGCCACCGCGCCGGGAGGUCGCCAAGACAGACAAGCCUGCUUCUCCUACUGGAGGAAUCGUGAAGCAGCCGUCGACCCCACCGCAUGGCGGAACCGGGAAGCAGCCGACGGCGCAACCAUGCGGCGAGGCCGGGUCAUGGGCCAACGCCGUCAAAAACGGAAACCAGGUGGGUGGUACGGGUAGAGCUGCCUCCUCAUCCCCACCUAUCAUCCCAUCUUCAUCACCUAACGCCGACCAAAAUAUUAUUGCCAAGCUCCAGGCACAAAUCGAAGCGUUACAGAAAAGACUAGCGGCAGCCGAGGCCAAACAGACCCAACUAGUCUCCCCUCCCCCUCCCCCCGCAGUAGAGGUAAUGGAGAGUGAGACCGGGGCGGCGGCAACGGACGCGGUAGCCGCACUCGAGGCUCAUGUCAACACCCUUGAGGUCCGUAUGGACAGCCGUAUAACUGUCCUCGAAACUCAAAUCUCAGCGGCCGUAAAUGCCGCCAUUGCUAAAAUGACAGAGACCAUCCCAACCCUGAUAGCCCAACAAGUUGCGCGUUUCACCAAACGAGCCGGCCCAAUUAAGGACGUGUCCGGCCGGUACCUUAAAACGCCUCGACGACAAAUCGAUUUUGAGGAUGACGACAGCUGCUCCAUCUCCGGAUUUGAGGACACCCCCCUCCCCGCGAGUGCUGGCUCGGGAGCGCCGCCACCACAAUCGCUCGUUAACUCCACUGACCAUGGCGGGCACCCUUAGAAUUCGGAAACCCCCGCGAUCCAAUACGGCCACCCCCAUCCAAAUCACCCAGUGGAAUUGUCGGGGCUUUAAGGCUCACACCAAGCGGGCCAACCUCCGGCUUUUCCUCGCAGCAUUUCAAAACCUUCCUGCUGUGGUAGCCCUCCAGGAGCCAGGGAGUGCUGCCACACUCACAAGCUAUACUACGUUUCAA